GUAGUAAUAAGUUUUGAAUACAAUAUAGGAAUUAGCUUUUCUAAAUUCAACUUUUGAAAUAUAUAAUGAAGAUAUGACCCUAAACUUUUUUGGGGUGAAAUUAAGGGUCAGCAAACAAGUACAAAAAUCGCAGGUCGGGUAAUACAGUUUUCAGGGCACAAAACUGAGAGAAUCCAAAGAGGCUUCUAGAGUCGGAUAACCCUAGAAUCCAUAGAGUCCGAAAAGAGAGAGAGAGAGAGUAGUUAUGCGUGAGCGUAGCAUCCACAAAUUCCAGCGGGUGAAAGAUGUCAACCGGCGUCUCGGAAGAAGCCAACCCCAAAUUUAUCGUUGAAGAAGGCUUCUCUUGCUUUGAACGGCAGUUGUUCUACCAUGUAGUGACAGAUUGAGGGGCAUUGCAAACCGGUUUGUGCGAGGAAGUGGGCUACCCAGUUUGCUCGUCUCGGUCGGUACAGAAAGGUGUAAAUGAAUUGCAUUUAAAAAAGUGGAAUACGUACAUUAUUGGGUGGGGCCCCGGAGAUCGAUUGUGUGAGGUCAGACAGUGACUACAUCGUCUAGUUUAUUUCUGCUCUCUGCUGCAAAUCAUGGUGGCAUACUACUCUGCAUAAAAAAUGGAAAAAAGUGAGAGAUCAGAAGCAAUAAAUAAAUAAUGAUAUAUAAAUGGCCAUUCUAACUAAAAAUUGAUCAAUCCUAACUACUUUGUCAUCUGCUACCUUUAAUUGACAUGGUACUAUAAUUGUUUACAACAACCUCAAAAGUUACUAUAUAGAUAGUAUUAGUAUAUAUAACAAAGUUUCAUAAACUAAAUGAUUUGUUUGCUUUAGUUGGAGCCAUGUUUCGAAGUGAAGAUUUGUUGUUCCAAAUUUUCUCCAAUCCUAAUAUCCCUUCCCAUCAAAACAAGCUCUCCCAAGAUCUGUUUUCCGAUCAUAACAAUAAUUAUAUUUAUACUUAUCCCCCGCUAGAUGCCACCACCGACCACCUCCACGGCCACCACUACGCCGCAACCGCUACCGCAAACGCCACUUCAUCAAGGAAGCGGUUACAGAGAGAUGAAGUAUUACCAACCACAGCCACCGCAACAACCGCGACAGCCACCGCCACCGCCACAACAGCGAAUGACAACAACAAGCUGAAGAGAAUUAUGCAUCGGGAAAUCGAACGGCAGCGCCGCCAAGAAAUGGCCACCCUCUACGCCUCUCUCCGCUCUCUCCUCCCUGUCGAAUAUGUAAAGGGUAAGCGUUCGACGUCGGAUCAUAUGCACGAGGCAUUGAACUACAUAAAACAUAUGCAGAAGAGCAUUCAAGAAUUGGGUCGGAAGAGAGACAGGUUAAAGACGACGGCAUCGACGGCUCCCGGGACAUCGGGUUCCCAAGAUUCGGAGAAAAACGGAAGCUUGGAUAAAAAGAUCGUAACCGCGGGUUCCCGGGAUUUCGUAUCGGUUAGCCGUUGCCGGAGCGGCAUUGAGGUUCUGAUCGGUUUUGACGGUGGCGGGAGGGGGCGGUUUCCAUUGUCAAGAGUGCUACGGACGCUGGAAAACGGCGGUUUUGAUGUUGUGAGCUGCGAUUCCACGACGGUGGAUAAUAGGUUGCUUCACCGGCUUCAGGCUGAGGUCCACAUUAGGAUGUUUGCAUCAUCUCCGGUUGACAUGUGGUUAUAUAUUAUGCAUCCGAGUUGUGCCAGAAUCGGGAAUACCUCGAAUUUAGAGGUUUCUGAUGAGGAAGACAUUAAUCUGCAAGCCUUGCAACAAAAACUAACGGAUGUUAUCAAUCUUUAACGAACUCAAAGUUGUGUAAUUCUUAUCCAUGUUGCUUGUUAAUUUACGAGUUUGCAACAAGAGUACAACUUGUCUUAUUAGCAGGGGGUUCUGGAGAUUUUUUUUUGCAACGUACACAAUAAAUGUGGCAACGUUUGCCUAGUUUGUCAUUACACAAGUAUAUCUUACUCUUUAGAUUUAUUGAUAACGAGUUUUCUUACUUUAAGAUUAAUAAAUAAAUAAAUGUGAUUUUGUUGAGGCACUAGGGAGUGAAGUCCUAAUAUAAUAA